UAAAUGGGCAAUAAACCACCUCCUCCUCCUCAACCACCAAAGACUGUCAAGGGUAUUAUCUUUUGUUAUAUCAAUUAGAAAUGGUCAAAGAAUUCUCAAGAACAAUUCGAAGAAUGUAAAGAGAGUUUAAUAGAGAGAUUAUGAGAAUGGAAAUGUAGAGCAAAAAGCAAAAGACUGAAUUAGAGAAAUCAAUUAAAGCAAAAGAACCUAAGGUAUUUUAUUAUAAUUAUCAAUUAGUCGACAUAAAGAAUGUUAGCUGCAGCUAUAUUACGAAAUUAGCAAUAUAUUCAAAAAUAUUAGAGACUAGACGCCUAAAUGAAUGAUGUCAUGUUCCAGUAAUUAUUCAGCUUUAAAUAUUUGUAUAGAUUAAACUCAGCAGCUACCACAGAAACAUUAGUAUAAGUGAUGUCAGGAAUGUCAAAGAUGAUGAAAUAGGCUAAUUCAGUUAUUGAUGUCAAUAAUGUUUAAUAGGCUAUUGAGAUAUUUUAAAUGGAGAGUGAAAAAUAGAAUUUCUUACAAGGUAUGAUUAAGGUAUAAUUUUAUAGAGUAAAUUGGUGAAAUUAUGAAUGAAGACCAAGAUGAGUAUAAUGAUGAAAAUGCUGAUAAAUUAAUAUAAGAAAUGGAAACUAAAAUGGCUGGAGCCGGUACUGGUGGUGGAGGACUCAAAUAGAAUAACUUGAAUUAACCUAUGCAGCAAUAAUAAUAAUAAGUAAACCCUCAAGAGAAUUUGGAUGAUUUGGAUGCAAAACUUAAAGCAUUAUGAGAA